AUGGAGACCCUUCUGAAGAGAUGUCGAAUUAGAAGCCAGAUCGUCAGGGAAUGCAUUGCAGAGUUCCUUGGGCUCUACAUCGCAGUUUUAAUCGGAUCUGGCGCGGCGGCCCAGGUCAUCACCUCCCGGGGCACCCACGGUAACUACCUCACCAUCCAACUUGGUUCAGCCCUGGGAGCAGUAUUCGGGAUUUUUGUAGCUCGAGGAGUUUCAGGUGCUCAUCUCAAUCCCGUGUACUCCUUGAGCCUGUGUGUGUUGGGCCGCCACCCGUGGAGGAAGCUGCCGUUGUAUUCCCUUUCGCACCUGGUCGGAGCGUUUCUGGGGGCAGCGACAGUUUAUCUCCAGUACUAUGAUGCCAUCCAGGCAUUCAGUGGAGGUGAGCUGUUGGUGGCAGGCCCCAAUGCCACCGCGGGUAUCUUCUGUUCAUACCCAGCAGACCACCUCAGCUUUUGGGGAGGCCUCGUGGAUCAGGUGGUUGCCACUGCGCUUUUCCUGCUCUGCUGCGUGGCUCUUGAGGAUCAGCAAAACGGACCCCUCCCUGAUGGUCUCCAUCCGGUCCUGGUGGGGGCGCUGAUUCUGACCAUGGGAGUCUCCAUGGGGUCCAACUGCGGCUUUCCCCUCAACCCAGCCAGGGAUCUGGGGCCCCGGCUGUUCACCUUCGUCGCUGGCUGGGGGGAAGAAGUGUUCAAGGCUGGAGGUGGUUGGUGGUGGGUCCCCAUAGUGGCCCCCUUUGUGGGCGGGCUGCUCGGAACCCUGACCUAUGAGGUUCUGAUUGAAGCUCACCAUCAGACCACGCCGCAGAGUCCACAACAGGAGCUGGAGGAGGUGGUGGUGGACUCCGGAAACAACAGACAGAUUAAGUCAUCAGACCUUAGCGAGGAACCAGAGAUCCAGUGUCCAUUUUCCCAGCGCUUUCAUGUGCAACACUGGGUCCAGUGUAGCCCCGAGGAGCUGAUUAAUCCGUACGCUAUCCCCAGCCUGCUGCCCUGCCCUGCUCUGCUCCUGCUCGCCUCACAAUGCUACAGAGGGAGGGGAAAGGGAAAGAAAAGCCACAAGGUGCAAUCCAACACCCCUUAG